CAUAGAUACAUACAUACAUACAUACGUACAUACAUAUAUAUGUGUGUGUGUGUGUGUGUGUGUUCUCCAACAAACUCUGGUACCUUACAGAAACAAGGCUAUUUGCUUUAAGAUCAUGUAACACCAUAUUUGCGCAAAGGUAGACUCCACUCAACAACUUAUGCAAUUUCUAAAAGCAACUGAUUGCACAAGAGCAUAUUUAAGGGCUUCACAGGAAAUGAUGUGAAUAUUAAUGCAAUCAAGACUUAUUUUCUAUGUACAUUUUUCUUUUUUUUUUUUGACAUAAAAAUCCUAAUAAAGCCAUUUGAUUUCCGGCACAUACUUAUGAAUUCUUACAGUAUGUUUUUGUCCUGCUGCAGUGUCGGCUAUAUUCAUGAUAAGAACUAUUUUUCCGUGUCAUUUCAGAAGAAGCCAACAAUGAACUUAUAUAAGUUAAAAGCGAGCCUGAAGAUGACUUCAUCCCAGAUUUGUUCCCUCUACACUACAAAGAGCGAAAUGAGCUGGAGUGAGAAGUUCCUUCUGCUUAUCUCAUGCCUGAUCACCAGUUUCAUUUUGGCUGUUUUUUUCCUCCUUGGUCUCCGUUUCCCCUUAAAUUUUGGCAUUGAGGUCUCCAUUGCUACCACUGCAGUGUUUUGGCUUUGUGUUACGCUAGCUAUGUGGUUUUCUCUAAAUGUUCGCUGUUUUGGAAUUCUGUUCCUGAUGUCCAUCAGCUUGAAACAAGGCAAGAAACAGCUCCUUAUAGCUGGAACAACAAUAGUGAUCUUCUUGAACAUUCGGAACACUCUGAUGAACCUGAAGGGACUUGGAAAGAGUUUUGUCUGCAAUUUGGAGGAAAAGCUUGUUGCCAUUAACAUAGCACCUCUCAGCAACUAUAUCCACAUGCUAAAAUGGGUGGCUUCCAAUCUUAAAGAAGGUCUGACCAAUAUUUUGGGGGUGGCUUAUCACACUGACUUCAAACUGAAGCCAAUUGUGCAUUCAGGAGAGUUCACGAAGAAAAUAUCUGAAGCCCAGACGACCAUGAAUAAGACUGCUGAGAGUGUGUUGGUGGUCAUUAAUGGAAUUUCAUCCAUAGGAAAGCAAAUAUGUCCAGUUUUAGGGGUCAUGAUACUCAUUAUUGCCACGGGUCUCUACCUGAGGAGGUUUCGCUUCAGCAGAAAGCAGAAAAAUGUGUUAAUUACAAAAAAAUUCUUGAAGUAUGAUGAAAGCCAACGAUUACAGGGAAAGCCCUCAGUUCUUCCUCUGACUAAGAAGGAGUCAAAACGUUACAUUAUUGUUCCGUCUGCCCAUUUAACCAAAAAAGAUGUGAAAACCAUGCUUAAAUUCAGCGUCUCGAUUGUAAGUCAUAGUAUGGCCUGGAUCUUCUUCGUAGGACUUGAUGGUCUUGUUUAUUGGAUUAUCUCUGUUUUAAGCAAGCGAUUAGAAGAGCUGAAGCCACUCCAUGUUCCUGUGUUACUGAAAGUGGAGGAAGGAACCUUCUUUAUCGGCAUUAAAGUUGAACGUAAGCAAAAAGUCUAUGACUUUUCCUACGAUGUGCCCAUUUUUGAAAAGAAGUGCUUGCCAGCACCAGAACUAUGGCUCUACAAAUCAGUCCUCCCUCUGUCAGUCAUCUUUGGAUUGCUGGUUCUUCUGGUCCUGGUGUCUUCAAAGCUCAGUCAGUUGAGACUCAUCGUUUCUGAGCAGUUCUACUCAGAAGAUGCAGAGAAGCGGAUUGCUGAGCUGCAUGCCAAGAUCCUGAAACGAAGAUCGAAAUGGACGGCCAAGAAUGCAAAAAGAACCCUGAAAUCAUUUGCCACACAGCUCCAAUUUUGGUUUCCCAUCAUUUUCCGUUGUCAAAACACCAACCAUGAGAAUAAAAUAUAAGGUUUGUUUUCAGUUUAUUUUUAAAUAUCUCGCUCAUUUUUAUUUUUAUAGACAAAACCUAGCUUCAUUGGUAUACAUUUUGUAUGCACCCGUUAGACAUUAUUAGAAAAAUGGGCUAAAUCUGGAAUUGUCUCUCUGGGAGACUCUUAAAGGUUCUAUGUCUAACUGUACAAAUACAGCAGCUAAGAACCUUUACCUAUCCAAAAAACCUAAAGAACCCUUAAAAUACCCUUUUUUAUUACAUAAUGCAGAUACUUGAGGUGAAUUUGUGUCAUAUGCAUUGUUGUGUGCUUUCAUAUAUUUAUAAGAAAUGUUAAUAUUUCGGAUGCUUAAACACCGUCUUUUCCAUACCGGUUAUUUAUUAUUGUAUAUGUUGGUUAUUAGAUGUUUCAUUAAUUUUAAAAUUAAUUUUGUCAUUUUAAUUUUUUAAACUUCAGAAUACUGGUUAUUUGACUAUAGUUGAAUAUUAAUAUAUUUAUAUAACAUACUCAUGCUGUUAAUACACUGUCAUUGCUUAUUGUUUGGAUUAUAUAUGAUGUAAUGUACAGAUUAUUUAUAUUUAAGCAUCAAUAAAGAAAAGAAUGAAAACAAAUGUGUAUGCAGUUUACUGUAUAGUUGGAAAAUACAGAUCAAGGUCAUAUUGAUAUGGAAAUUGUGUUUAUUACCAAAAUAUUUCUUUUUAUUGCAGAACUUGUAAAAUUUUACAUUUUAAUGUUGCUGAAAAGCAUCAAUAGAAACUAUCACUGCUUUCCAAAUGAAGUAUGGAUGAAAAACAUGACCAUUUCAGAAGGGCUAAAAGAUUAUAGGUAAUAGAUCCUCAAGCUGAAAAAAAGUGAUAGUUUUGUGGUUAAGGUUCUAUGCUUGUGACUGGAGGUUUGUGAGGUUAAAGAGUGCU